CCCCUCGUAUAUGUGGAGUGGUUCACUCCUCUCCGCAAGCUCGAUAAAGUUACACAAAUGUAUCGAGUUGAGCGCUCGAUGCGGGGUAAAAUUCGUAACUCGUCAAUCAUUCCUAUCACCUAUAUUGCCCGCAGCUGUCAUCUUGUACCUUUUUACGGUAAA